AUGAACUUAAACAUUUUAAUUAAUCUAAUAGCUAAAUUAUCUACUACCCAAGAUAUUGAUGUUGAAGGUUUAGGAAGUUUUAAUAAACCAAAUACAGAGACGGAUGAAAUUAAAGGAAAAUCUAUUUUUCUUAGAAUAUUUUAUUGGUUUAGUGGCUUUUUUUCUUAUAAAAACUUAAACCAAUCAAAUAAGAGUGAAACCAAUGAAGCAUUUAAUUUAAAUAAAGAAACUACCAUUUCAUUUGAUGAUAAGAACAAACAAACUGAUUGUGAAAGUAAUGAAGAAUCAUCUAAUUUUUCUUCUACAACACCAAUUUAUCCAGUUAAUAAUUAA